UCUGACAUCUCGAACUCAGCUUCCAUUGAUUCUUUGAAAUCUUUCAGCAUUCCAGGACUGCAUCUUCAACACCGUCGUGCUUCUUCCUACGACGACCAACUACAUUCCUUCGCUGAAGGCCUCAGAGAUUCCCUCUCAAACACACUCAACGUCUACUAUCCGUUCGCCGGCCGGUACAAGGACACCUUCUCCAUCGACUGCAACGACGCCGGCGUCGACUUCGUCCGAGCCCGCGUCGCUUGCGACAUGUCCGACGCGCUUCAUCAGCAGGCGGUCGACGAGGACCGUUUGCUGCCGUUCCUCGCGUGCCGUCCUCAGGGGGGCGCGUGGAUUCGGACGGCAAGCUGGUGCUUCUAG